AUGCUCGGCGCAGUUGAGUAUGUUGACGUGCAGUUUCAGAAUGCCUUCCACCAGCCGUCUAUAUAUCGCGGAUCGCCAAACAUGGAAAGAGAGCAAGCUUGGCUGGAUCUAUGGAAUUUUGGAGAGGUCAAUAUUCCACUGGACAAGCUUCCCCUCCUGAAUAAAUCUACCGCUGGAGAGUGGAAGCGAGUUGCCCCUGAGCAUGGAGGAGGCGUCUAUGCGUUGAUCGAGACAUUUCACCAGAUCCACUGCCUGGAUGUGAUCCGCCAAUAUACCUACCGCAACGAAUGGGACUACAGCAAGACCCCUGCUUUCGAUGCUGAACCACACCUAGUGCGCGCACAUGUUGAUCAUUGCAUUGAAACCAUCCGGUUGAAUCUCAUGUGUGUCGGAGAUGUGACACCAUUUCUGACAAUAUCGUCGCCUUCAAGGCCAUUGGGAGAGUUGCCGGACUUCAACACGAAGCAUAAAUGUCGCAAUUUCACGAAAUUGCAAGAAUGGAUGGGGCAGAAUUCAAUUCCAGUCUAG